GCCAAAACAGGAACAGGGGUGGCAAAUCACUGUGCGAGGGCGAGUGAACCUCCCCCUUUGCCUCCUCCCUGUUCCAGGCUCAGGUCCCCUGGGCUCUGCGCUGUUGUUUUCAGCACUCGAGAAAGCCGGCGCUUCAGAUCCAGACAAGUGAAUCAAGCCGGGGAGUUUUCCGUUCAGCACCUCGGACAGAGCACGCAGCAAAAAAUGGCUCCGAUCACUACCAGUCGGGAAGAAUUCAGUGAAAUCCCAACAGUGGUUGGAAUCUUCAGUGCAUUUGGCCUGGUCUUCACAGUUUCUCUCUUUGCAUGGAUCUGUUGCCAGAGAAAAUCAUCCAAGUCUAACAAGACACCUCCAUACAAGUUUGUGCAUGUGCUUAAGGGAGUUGAUAUUUACCCUGAAAAUUUAAAUAGCAAAAAGAAAUUUGGAGCAGAUGACAAAAAUGAAGUAAAGAAUAAACCAGCUGUGCCAAAGAAUUCAUUGCAUCUCGAUCUUGAGAAGAGAGACCUCAAUGGCAAUUUUCCCAAAACAAACCACAAAGCUGGCAGCCCUUCUGAUCUGGAGAAUGUGAACCCAAAGCUCUUUUUAGAAGGAGAAAAAGAAGCAGUUUCUCCUGAUAGCUUAAACUCCAGCACUUCCCUGACUUCAGAAGAGAAACAGGAGAAGCUGGGAACCCUCUUCUUUUCCUUAGAGUACAACUUCGAGAAGAAAGCAUUUGUGGUAAAUAUCAAGGAAGCCCGGGGCUUGCCGGCGAUGGAUGAACAGUCAAUGACCUCUGACCCAUACAUCAAAAUGACGAUCCUGCCAGAGAAGAAGCAUAAAGUGAAAACCAGAGUGCUGAGAAAGACCUUGGACCCAGCUUUUGAUGAGACCUUUACAUUCUACGGGAUACUCUACACCCAGAUCCAAGAGCUGUCCUUGCAUUUCACAAUCUUAAGUUUUGACAGGUUUUCAAGAGAUGAUAUCAUUGGGGAAGUCCUUAUACCUCUCUCAGGAAUUGAAUUAUCUGAUGGAAAAAUGUUGAUGAACAGAGAGAUCAUCAAGAGAAAUGUUAGGAAAUCUUCAGGACGGGGUGAGUUACUGAUCUCUCUCUGCUAUCAAUCCACCACAAAUACUCUCACUGUGGUUGUUUUAAAAGCUCGACACCUGCCUAAAUCUGAUAUGUCUGGACUUUCAGAUCCCUACGUCAAAGUGAACCUGUACCAUGCCAAAAAAAGAAUCUCCAAAAAGAAGACUCAUGUGAAGAAAUGCACCCCCAAUGCAGUGUUCAAUGAACUGUUUGUCUUUGAUAUUCCUUGUGAGGGUCUUGAAGAAAUAAGUGUUGAAUUUCUGGUUUUGGAUUCUGAAAGGGGGUCUCGAAAUGAGGUGAUUGGGCGGUUGGUCUUGGGCUCAGCAGCAGAAGGAACCGGUGGAGAGCACUGGAAGGAGAUCUGUGACUUCCCUAGGAGACAGAUUGCCAAGUGGCACAUGCUCUGUGAUGGGUAGCAUCCUAGCCAUGGGUUGGAACUUAAGGAUUUUUACUAGGCAAGGAGCAAUUUUCUUUCUUUCUGAUAUGUGAUUGCAAGCUUGUGGCAGCAAGCUGUCUUCUUUAUUAUUAUUAUUAUUUUUUGUUAAAAAUGAAUUGAAUUAGUAGACCAGAAAGUAACUGUAAAUGUGUAUCAUGAUAAUUCUCCUCUUAAUUAGAGAAGUUGGAUAAAUUUUCAUAAGAUACUCAAUUUACCCUGCAGGUUACCAGUGCUAUAAGUAGGAAUCGUCAAGCAUUUUAUAUAUACUGUGCCACAAUCCCAAGUUAUUGAUGUGGUUUAGAAGGUGGUGAUCUUAUUGUAACAUGUCACUGGAAAUCCAUGUGAUUGUUAGGAUUUAAAAAUGAAAAGCAUUCCUUCUCUUAUGAAAAUUUAUCCUUUUUGCUACAGGUUGGGGAAAUCAAUUUUUCUUUAAAUCCAAAGAUACUAAAGAAAUGCUGUUUUUCAUUAAUUAUGUCAUGUGCAAACAAUUGUUCUGCAUAUAAAGAUAUCUGGUCAUUUCUCUUUGGUUUGUAAUUAUUUAAUACAAUUUUAUCACAGGAGAAAUAAGUUAAUUUAAAAAAGACAGUGAGCAAGCUGAGAAAUCAUUUUAUCAAAGGGCUGAGUUGAGAACACUGUGGCUGAAAUAUGAUUUUUCUCCUGUGAGUCAAAUGUUCUAAAAUACAACCUCACAUAAAAACCAUGGCCUUGAAUUAUUUACUGCCUGUCUCAAGCCUCAGUGUGGCCUAAGAAACCCCUAUUUACCCUUGUGAAGUUGUCAAAUUAGCUAGUGGUUAAAGAAAUAAAUGUCAGCUAGAAAUCCAGUUAGAAACAGUUUUCCUGUAGAAAAUAUGUAUAGUGUGCAACUAUACUUUCAAGGCCAUUCUUUGUAGUGGGUAUGGCCACCUAAGGUUUUCAUUUAACUUAUGUUCCCUCAGAAAGGACUAAGACAGUAUUUGAAAAGAAAUGAAAAAAAAAAUGGCUAUGAAGUUUUAUACACUGUCAGAGUGUUGUUCAAACCAACAAACUAAUAAGACGAAAUUUGUCAAAAAGCGAGUCUGAUAUAAUUUAUAAAUAUGCACACAUAAUAUACUUAGGCUGUCAAAUUAGCACAACAAAAUAUGUGUUUCACUAUCUUUUCUACAAUAAUUUGUCUUGAGCUAUUGUCUGUAGAACAGUUCACAGACUUGUGUGCUGUCAUGUUUUCCAGUGCCAGGGUUCAAAAAUUCAGUCAAAACCUGUUUGGAGUAAAGUAGCACCCUGUGAUAAUUUGAAAAUAGUUAACUUGAGGGUAAUGAUACUAUAUUUGAAUUUUUAGAGAAGUAUGAGUGAAAUUUGGGUCCAAUUAAAUUAUUAAAUAUGCAAGUUAGAAAUAAAGUCUACUGAAAAAUGCACAUUUUGAGUCAGGUUUUGUGUCCGUACUUAAUCAGUUUUUGAGAAUGUGUUUGAUAUCACAGUGUUUGUAAAUUCUAUGAAAAUGCAUUUUCCAAACAACUUAUAGAUGCUUUUUAUGACUAUGCCUAAUGUAAAAAAAGUAUUACAUUCUUUAUGUACAAAGUUUGAAAAUCAAUGUUGUUUUGGGGCUUUAAAAUGACUUUGCAUUAAAACAGAAUAUCCCCCAAUCAUUCUCUUCAUUCCACUACACAAUCACCUCACAGCAUUUUGGUCCACUCAGCAUUUCAUGAAAGCAACAUGAAAUGAACUGCAGUCAGUGUGUAGCCUGGGGAUGUCAAAUGGCCUUUUUAUGUAUGUUUGUUAUCAAUGGCCAUAAAAUAUAAAACAUUUUGGAGCUCUGAAGAGCGGUAAGGAGUCAAUUCUAAGUGUGCUUUGCAGCAGCCAGAAGUUAAUGGUGGUACCAGCUAAAGAAUGGUUGUCGGAAAAAGGUGAUUUUUUUUUUAAAGUAAAACAACAAAACCAAUAACAAAUACUUUUAAAAUUAUAAUGGAUAAUUUGUAAAUAGUUUUUAGUUUUUAAAAUUUAAAGUGUUUUUGAGUGUGAAAAGUUGAGUAGAACUAUUAGCAACUGGUUUUAAGGGAAAAAAAGUGAAACAAGAAAGGCAUUGAAACAGGAAGGGAGAUAAUGUGAUCUGAUCAUUCCUGAAAAUUGUACCAUUUUAUAAUGUAUUACAAUAUCAAUGUGAAUAUCUUGAAGUCUGUUACAAAUCCUGCACUGUAUUAAACAUGUAAAUUAAUUGUUUGUCUGAUUAGCCAAUCUAACCACCCUAAUGGGGAGGUUUCCAUGUUUGGAGAACUGUGUAACUCAGUAACUGACUUGUUCUGAUGUUGUAACUCAAUAGAAGUGAUUUGGAAGGAAGCAUGGUGUACGAGAUGGUGUCUGUUCUUUUGUGCCAGCUCUGUAUGAUGUUUGUAAGACCAUGUUUGUAAGACAUAAAUAAAUUGCUGCUUUUGCCCACCCCAUUUGAACUCA